UCUCUAGGUGAUUUAGCGCCGCCAGUCUCAAGCAGGUGUCCAACAUGGCGAUCACGGGGAGCGGAUCUCUCGCUGUUUCUCUCUCGGUUUUCGUGAUUUCACUCGCGUUUCUUCCGAAAGGAGCUGCUGAAACCGUGACAGUCGACGGUCAGAACCUGGCAACCGACAACGUGUCGGUGAUCGAGGGGGAGAUGGCCACCAUCAGCUGCAGAGUGAUGGACAACGACGACUCCGUCAUCCAGCUGCUCAACCCCAACAGGCAGACCAUCUACUUCAGAGACGUUAGACCUCUGAAGGACAGCCGGUUCCAGCUGGUGAAUUUCUCUGACAACGAACUGCGGGUGUCUCUCUCCAAUGUGUCACUCUCCGAUGAGGGACGCUACGUGUGCCAGCUCUACACGGAUCCUCCUCAGGAAGCCUACGCAGACAUCACAGUCCUGGUCCCGCCAGGCAGCCCAAUCAUUGAGAGCCGCGAGGAUGUGGUCAGCGAGGGGAAUGAGACGGAGCUCACCUGCACCGCCAUGGGCAGUAAGCCAGCUGCUUCCAUCAGAUGGAUGAAAGGGGAGGAAGAACUGACAGGGGAGACAACCGUUGAGGAGACGUAUGACAGGAUGUUUACCGUCAGCAGCCGGGUAAAAAUUUCUGUCACCAAAGAGGAUGAUGGAGUACCAGUGGACUGCAUCAUUGACCACCCAGCUGUGAAGGACCUCCUGGCUCAAAGACACUUGGAAGUGCUAUAUAAACCAGAAGUGAAGAUUGUGGUGACAUAUCCUGAGGGUUUAACCAGAGAAGGUGACAAUCUAGACUUGUCGUGUAUCGCAGGGGGAAAACCACAUCCCCAUCAGAUCAACUGGCUCCGGGUGGACGAUGACGUGCCGUCUCACGCCGUGGUCACCGGCUCUGACCUCUACAUCGAGAACCUCAACAAGUCCUACAACGGCACCUAUCGCUGCGUGGCGUCCAACACGGUGGGCGAGGCCUACGACGACUACAUCCUCUAUGUAUAUGAUGCUCCCACUACUAUCCCCACACCCACCACCAACCCAGUCAACACGCAAGACUCCAGAGCCGGAGAGGGGGCGCCGCAGAAAAUUGACCAUGCUGUCGUUGGAGGAGUGGUUGCCGUGGUGAUGUUUGCCAUCCUCUGUGCACUCAUUGUUCUUGGUCGAUACUUUGCCCGACACAAAGGAACUUACUUCACGCACGAAGCCAAAGGGGCGGACGACGCGGCCGACGCCGACACGGCCAUCAUCAACGCGGAGGGGGGACACAACAACACAGACGAGAAGAAGGAGUACUAUAUCUAAAAUGGACGGGCCAGGAGAGACGGGUGGGAAUGCUGCUGGUGAUGGUGGUGGUGAUGGUGGUGCUGUAGGAGCAUUAUGUCCAACUCUUGAUUGGUUUACGAGACGGCUUGAGGGCAGGGAGGGUGAGAUUUAAAGAGGAGGAGAAGAGGGGAAAGAGUUGGAAGUAGGACUGCCGGGGCCAAGUGGUAAUAAGAGGCGUUUGCUGAGUCUCCUAUCCGACCCUUCCUGGACUGCCGGGCCCUGUUCUGUACAGUUCAAUUAUUUUACAGACAAUUUUGUGCCUUGUUCUAUUUCUUUUGUUUAUUUUGUUGGUUACCCCCCCC